UGACCAUUACCCACACAGCAGAAGAAUUUUCAGCGCUCCCCUGUGACGCUACACUGAUUUAUUGCCACCGAUGGUAUUGACCUUGUGAUUGUGCACCUUUGGAUUUUUGCUGGUCACUUGGUUUAGCUCGGCUCCGACACUGCUGAACUUCCAGGGAUGGAGGAUAAGGCAACAAGAGAUCCUCUGUUUCCUGCUGGUGUGAGUUUCCCACCCGAUUGGCCUGUUUACAGUGAAUCGGUUAUCAAGCUCAGCGUAUACGAUGUGAAGGAUAACCGCGAGGCAAAGAGCAGAUUCUUGGGAACUACCAGCUUCUCGGUGGCUGAAUUCUUCCAGUCCAAAGACCAACAGCUUUCUCUCAACUUAAGAUCAACAGAUGAUUCAGCAACAGUGGGGACAGUGGUGGUGAGCAGGUUGAAGAUGGGUGAGAUAGAGGAUGGAGAGGUGGACCACAUCACCACCGACAUGCACCAGAAGUGCACGCUCGUGUAUGAAACGUCACAUGGAAGUAAUGACAAAGAUAAUGGACCUAUAAUGAAUGCUGUGUUUAAGAAUGCCAUUUGUAAGGUGUAUCGCUUUCAGACGGUGGACAGUAAAUGGAUGCUGGUACGGGAGCAGAUGGCUGAGUGCACGUUGUCCUUUAGCAUCCCCAAACAGCUCAUCAGCCUCUACAUUGAGGAGGACACAUACAGGAUACAGGAGCUGAAUGAUCUGGGAGCACUUUCUCCACACUGGGACAACAUGAGAAAAGAGGUCAUCUCUCGCUAUGACCAUAUCAUCAAAGAAUACCAGCACACACUCGCUGAACUGGAGAAACUUACCGGCCCGUCGUUCAAGCCAAGCUGCAGCAAAGGCCAGAAGUAUCUGGAGUUCAUCCCCAUCAACCUGCACACGCAGAGAAUGCUUGUGACGUGUCCAAGAAAAACAGAUUGUGUGUAUGAUGUAGUCACAGUUGGAGCUCCGGCGGCCCAUUCGCAAGGCUUCAAAAACGGAGGCUUGCAAAGACUGGUCAGCAAAUACGAAUCGGAGAAGAAAAGCUAUAGCACGGCAUAUCAGUCCAUCUACUACCCUCCAGAACAGACGGCCAGGGCCAGGGAGAUACUGGGCACGGUGUUCCAGCUGCAGCCUCUCAUCUCUGAGCUUGCUGACCAGCUACUGCAGGUGGCCCAGCAGUGCUCCAGCCAGGCGCUGAAGGACACACUAAAGAACCUAGAGGAGAAGACAGAGCAGUUUGUGCACGCCCUGAAGGACGAGUUGGUCAAGAGUGCCCUUUUGGCCCUGCAUGCCGCCCGUCCUGGCUACGUCAGCAAAACAUGCACUCCGUCCCGCCAGCCCAAAGCUGACGCGAAUGCGAACGUUACCGCAGAGCCGCACACCCUCUGCAACAAUGUUGUCAGCUCUCAGAUGGCUCCAAAAGAAAGCAAAGUGUCUCCAAUUCGCUCUGACUCCAUCCCUCACCAGACAGAGUAUGACGAGGAAGAAUGGGACAGGGUGUGGGCCGGCGUAGCCAAGUGCUUGAACUGUGUUAUCGCCAUGGUGGAGAAGAUACAAGUGUUAGAAAACAACAACCAAGAGACGGCACCUGGUCAAGCCCUUGCUGAUGUCAUCACCUCCCACAAUCCUGCUGCAGAUUUACAUGAUCAGCUGGCCGUUCUGGUUCACACUCUAAAGGAAUGUGUGAUGGAUGUGACAGAGAGAGCCAGACACUCGAUGAGCUUUGUGUUACUCCAGGAAGCGGCGUGCAGCACCGUGCAGCGUCUUCAGCUCCAGCAAAGACGAGAUGCUGUCUUCAGCCAAGCCCUGGCUGCAUUGGCGUGUGGAUUUGUCAUGCGUUUAUAUGCGGGUUUGGAGGAUAAGGGCUUUCUCAGACAGCUGCAUACGGUCGGACUUGUGGCUCAGUUUGAAAGUCUCCUCAGUACAUACAGCGAAGAAAUAGGAAUGUUAGAGGAUAUGGAGGUGGGAAUAUCUGACCUGCACAGAGUGACCUUCAAAAUCACAGAGGCAAUGUCUGAAGAAGCAGACAGCCUGCAGCCAACCGUCAGCGGUAGACGAGACCGUUACACUCUUGAGGUGCCACUCCCACAUCAUGCCUUCCAAACGUUACCCGAGGAGCUCCGAGAGGGCAAGCCGCUGCGUGUGCUUCCUGUGCUCUUCAAUGUGGGCAUAAACGAGCAGCAGACCUUCGCCGAGAGAUUCGGUGACAUAUCUUUACAGGAGAGAAUAAACCAGAAGAACUUUGAGACUCUUGAAGGCUAUUAUAAAUCCUUAACCAACACGGUACCAUCAGAAUGCUUGCCCUGUUUUCAGACACAGACCGACAUUAAAGAACUUCUCGACACCCUUGGCCAGAAUGUUGUAACUAAGAAGAGGAAGAAUGUGGAGAUUCUGUGGCUGGCAGGAAUGAUCUGUCGCCGACUGAACGGAAUCCGCUUCACCAGCUGUAAAAGUGCCAAAGACAGGACGUCCAUGUCAGUAACUCUGGAGCAGUGCUCAAUACUGAGGGACGAGCACCAGCUCAAUAAAGACUACUUUGUGCGAGCUCUGGACUGCAUGCGGAGAGAAGGAUGCCGGAUUGAGAAUGUGCAAAAGAAUAUAAAGUGCAGAAAAUAUGCUUUCAACAUGAUACAACUGAUGGCCUUUCCAAAAUGCUACCGACCACCAGAAGGAACGUAUGGCAAAGUGGAUUCUUGAAACAUAUCCAGGAGAGACUCAAGAUUAUUUUUACGGUUACCACAUGUGCAGCGGGGUCCAAAAGUCUGAGACCACUUUAACAAUGUGGUUAAAAAGUCUCAGACUUUUGAAAUGUUACAUUUCAACCUGGAAAGGAUAUGAGAAAAUGCCCCAUAAUUAUUUCUGAUUGCUAUGCUGAUAAUAUCAUUUGUUAACUGAAAUACAUGAGAAAAACACAAAAUAGCAAAAUAUCACACAAAUGGUCUUAGACUUCUGUAUGUAUUUAUGUGUGUGUGUGUAUGCAUUUAUAGAUGCUACAACAGACACCAAAAAUUAAAAUGUUAAAUUCGACUGUUUAGCCGAUGCACAGAAUUAUUUUACAUGAUUCAAAAAUACCAUGUUAACUUUAGAUAUAUCAUUUUUUAUGUUUUAUUAAAAAGGGAAGGUCAGGCAUCUCUCUGUAAUUGUUUGAUGUAUCCCCCUCCAUUAUCACCUCUCUGUAUAUGUUUGAGUGUCAAAACCUGUUGUUUUUAAGCUGUUUUUUUAUAUAUUUUAUUGUCAUAAUUGUUUUGGUAUAUACAGCAAUUGCACAAUAUCAUCGAAGUUUGUUAGGACGAUGAAGAAUAUUACUUAUUUUAAAAGGAUUGUAAAUUUAACAUAAUGCACAUUUGCACGAAAUGUAAAUUUUGUUUACACACUGUGUGCUCUAUAUAUUAGCAUCUUGUAAGAAAUAUUUUAUUUCUUAAAAUCUGCUAUGGACUUUGCGGUUUGUUUUGUACAUCUUACAUUUUUUUUCUUGUUUUUUUUUCUGUAAUGUUGUCCAGUAGGAUGCCUCUCAUGGUACAGGCAAUCCACAUUCAUAAUAACAAAUAUUGAAUCCAAACCAAGCUGAUCCUUUUUCUAUUACGUUUAAUGUGUUUUCUACAGCUAAGUGUUUAUCUAAAUGUCUGUGCUCAUUUGUCACCAGUCAGAACAGGACGUAUUGUAGAAAGAGUCAACUGUACAUUCCUAAAACAAUAACACCAUGUGCAUCAACUGUGUGUGCCCAAGGAAAACAAAGAAUCCACAUAUUUGCAUGACAGCCCAUCAAAACAGCUAAACAGGUGUUGAUGACGAAGUAGAAUGACGGUGAAGUCGUCUAAACCUUCAAGGCUUUGCUAUUUACUCUUCUUACUCAAAUUG